ACAUGCAAGUGAGGCCGUGAAUGUCGAGUGUAGCUGACCUCACAGACACACCCAGUGACGACUCAGGCUGGGAGUGACAAGCGCGAGUGAGCAAAGGGCAGCUGGGUGAGCACAGAGCAAGCCAGGUGUGUCCCAGACUUCUACCUCUCAUCUGUCAGCCUCGCCCAGGGGCGCUUCCUCCCGGCAGGACUGAGGCCUCGCUCGCUCACUGCUGGCGGCUGGAUUCAGACAGGAGAAUGAAAGGACUUCGCUGGCGUUACACUCGGCUGCCCAGCCAAGUGGAGGACACUCUGUCUGGAGAGGAGGGUGAGGAGGGGGAAGAGGAAGAGGAGAAGGAGGCAGCCCCAGCUCCAGCCCCAGCUCCUGAAGAUCCCGUGGAGCCCCAGUUGGCAGAAGCCAGCCAGGUUCUGGGAGCCUCAGAGAUUAGGCAGCUCAGCCUCCACCUCCCCCCGAGAGUCACUGGAUAUUCUUGGAGUCUGGCCUUCUGCACGGCAAGGGACGGCUUCAGUCUGCAGAGCCUGUACAGGCAGAUGGAGGGCCACAGUGGGCCUGUGCUGCUGGUGCUGAAGGACCAGGAUGGGCAGAUAUUUGGGGCCUUCUCCUCCUCAGCUUUUCGACUCAGCAAAGGCUUCUAUGGUACUGGCGAGACAUUCCUCUUCUGCUUCUCCCCACAGCUGAAGGUCUUUAAGUGGACAGGAAGCAACUCUUUCUUUGUGAAAGGAGACUUGGAUUCACUGAUGAUGGGCAGUGGCAGUGGCCAGUUUGGGCUGUGGUUGGAUGGAGACUUGUAUCACGGAGGAAGCCACCCCUGUGCGACCUUCAACAAUGAGGUGCUGGCCCGGCAGGAGCAGUUCUGCGUCAAGGAGCUGGAGGCCUGGGUUCUGAGCUGA